AUGAUCGAAACCGACCCCGACAAACGGACAGCCCUUUGGUAUGCUGUUUACGAAUGCAACGUAGCAGCAGUGGAACUACUACUUAGGAGCGGAGCAGACGCACUCGCCGUAGAUCGCGAAGGAAUUACACCGCUGAAUUGUGCAAUACUGCGAGAUAACAUAUGGAUUACACGACUCAUAUUAGAGCAUUUGACCACCUGCUUUUGCACGACAACAUUUCUUGACAACAAAGAUGUCAACGGCGCCGAGUUACCACUAUUCCUGUCCGCCCAGUUCGCACGUACGCGGAUGAUCGAGCUCCUACUCGAAUUUGGUGCGGACGUAAAUGCGGUCAAUUGCCACGAACAGACUCCUUUGCACCAAGCGGUACAUCAAGGGCAUAUUAGUGCCGUUGAAUUACUUCUUAACCAGCAAGGCAUUGAUCUACAAGCACAGAACAACUACGGAUCUACUGCUCUUCACAACGCUACUAAGCAAAACAAUUCUUCUAUGGGCUUUAAGCUCACUUCCAAGGACACUACGCGAGAUGAACGGCCAGUAAAUUAA